AUGGCUCAGGCCACAAACCCAGAUGCUGGGCUGGCUGCUCCACCUGCCCCUGACGCCGGAAUCAGCACCCCGACUCUACCCGCAUCCACGACCGCCACCAAAGGCAUAGUGAACCCAACUCUGAUGCCGGGUACGUAUCUCGAGACUGGCAGCAUCAUUGGCAUCGUAAUUAGCGUCCUGUUUCUCUUCAUCGCCAUUGCCGUUGCCUUUGUGCUGGCUCAUAAACACACGCAGAAAAUAACCAGAAUUGCGCUGAUGAAGAAAAAGGCAAAGAACAAGGCACGUGUCAAGGCCUCCAAGCACAAGACGCGUCGUUCGACCAACAGAGACAACAGGACUAGGAACGCGAGGUCGGUCCACGAUGUCGAGGCUGCCCUCGACGCCGAGGACCAGCCCGACGCUGGCCGUGGUCGCUCCCGUUGGUCUGCGAGCCACGAGAUGGCCGAUCUUCCUGCGCCUAGCAGCAUUGUGAUACCCGGAGCUUGUAGAACCCGCGAUGGCCGAAAUUCUCCCACGGGCUUGACUGAGCUUCGGGAGAUUUCGCCUGGCGCCUCUGCUCAUGGUGAGGUCCGUAACCCGCGCAUGGUUCCCAUCCCUCGCGGCACUCGUAGUAACUCCGUGUCCACUACUGCCCACAGCCCUAGCAGCUUCAACAAUGACCAUGUCUAA